AUGGACAGCAUCCGCGAGUAUGUCGAGUUCAUCAACGUUUCUAUAGGUUCGUCAACCUUCGGGCGGAUCUUUCGUCUUGAAGGAUCUGGACAUCCAUCAGAGAUCAAGAAUACCAAGUUCACCACCGAAGUCCGCGCUGGGCUGACCACGUUUUUCACCAUGGCUUACAUUAUCGCCGUCAAUGAGCGCAAACUGCGAACUGACCACAUUGCAGAUCUCAACCGAUCGCUCAUCACUUCAACGGCUGCCGUUGCCGGAUUCUCCUCCUUCUUAUUUGGCUUCCUCACUAAUAUGCCUGUCGCACUGGCACCCGGAAUGGGUCUUAACGCAUAUUUUGCUUUUCAGGUGGUAGGAUAUCACGGUGAUGGGAUCAUAUCCUACAACCUGGCACUGACAGCUGUCUUCAUCGAGGGUUUCGUGUUCAUAUUCCUGUCGCUGAUCGGAAUGCGCCAAUCUUGCGGUAUCGGACUCUUCCUUGCCUUGAUCGGACUGGGCAACACCACAGGAAUUGGUGCGGUCUCUGGAGCGCGUUCGACCACAUUGCAGAUUGCUGGAUGUCCAGAAGAGUUCUUCGUGGAUGGGACAUGCGGCUUAGUCACAGCAUAUCUUAUGGCAUACAAAGUCAAGAGUGCUAUGAUAGUUGGCAUACUUCUUGUCUCGAUCAUUUCAUGGCCACGAGACACUUCUGUCACCUACUUUCCAGACACCACAGUUGGCAACAGUCGAUGGGACUUCUUCAAAAAGGUCGUAAACUUCCAUCCCAUUGAUCACACCUUGAACAAAUUAGAUUGGAAUAUCACCUCGAACCCUGGACAAUUCGCUAUGGCCCUCUUCACAUUCCUCUAUGUCGAUAUCAUCGACUGCACGGCGACACUAUACAGCAUGGCGAGAUUCUCCGGUGUUGUGGAUCCUGAAACUGGCGACUUCCCGCGAUCAACGCUUGCUUAUUGCACGGAUGCUUUUUGUAUCUCCAUUGGAGCUCUCCUUGGUGUAUCGCCAGUCACAGUCUUCAUUGAGUCUGGAGCCGGCAUUGCGGAAGGUGGUAAGACUGGCUUGACUGCCAUGGCUUGCGGUAUAUGCUUCAUCAUUUCCAUGUUCUUCGCCCCGAUAUUUGCAUCCAUCCCGCCAUGGGCUACAGGGUGUACCCUCGUACUGGUUGGCUGCCUCAUGAUGCGCCAGGUCUCCAACAUCAACUGGUCAUACAUUGGCGAUGCGAUACCCUCAUUCGUUACACUCAUGUUCAUUCCAUUCGGCUAUAGCGCUGCAUACGGUCUUAUCGCCGGACUUAUGGUCUACACCGGCCUGAACGGCAUGAUCUACGUCACCAAACUCGUUUCCGGUGGUCGUAUCACGCCCGACGACGAAGACCACCGCGAGUACUGGACCAAUCUGCGCAACACCAACGCUAACGCGCGACUCAGUCAAGCCACAAGGCAGGCUCCCUUGGUUCUUUACAGCUAG